AUGAAUUUCUAAACAUAGAAAUCCUAAAACAGGCAAAUUCCUUGAAAGAUCUCUUCUCAUCUGUCAAACCCCAUAACAAAAGAAAGCAAAAACGCAACAAAACAAAAAUAAGAAGAAAGGGAAGAAAAAAGGGGUUACAUAGGGUGGGCGUGGGCAGAGGAAUGAAGCUGUGGCGGAAGGCUGCCGGAGCUAUCAAAGACAAAAAUAGCAUAUGGCUGGCCAGCCUGUCCCGCCGCACCCCGUACCGGCACCCGGACCUGGAGGCCGCGAUCAUCCGAGCCACGAGCCACGACGCGUCCCGGAUCSACUACCGGAACGCCCGGCGCGUGUUCGAGUGGAUCCGGACCUCGCCCAUUUACCUGAAGCCGCUGGCUUGGGGGCUGUCCUCCCGCAUGGACAAGACCCGCUGCUGGGUGGUGGCGCUCAAGGGCCUCAUGCUUAUUCAUGGCGUCCUCUGCUGCCAGAUCCCGGCCGUCCAGCGGAUCGGACGCCUGCCUUUUGACCUCUCGGGGUUCAAAGACGCCUAUUCCAGCUCCGCUCAGGCUCGAGGCUACGACGCCUUUGUUCGGAGCUACUACGCGUAUUUGGACCAGAAGUCGGCCUUUCUUUCUCGCGAGGCCAAGAACCGCGGCCGCACCCCGCCCUUGUUGUUGGAGCAGCUCCUUAAGCUUCAGACCUCCCAGUCCAUGCUCGAUGUCUUGCUUCAAGUUCGUCCUUUGGAUCAAAACAUCAAGGCGGGUUUAGUUUUGGAGGCCAUGAGCAAUCUCGUCGUCGAAGUUUGCGACGUUUACAGCAGGAUCUGCAAUGGGAUCGCUCAAGUUCUGCUGCAGAUUAACUCGUCCUCACCGAAAACCGAAGCGUCCAUGGCGCUUCAAAUCGUUCAAAAAGCAGCAGCUCAAGUUCAAGAUUUGUCAGAAUAUUUUGCCCUAUGCAAAGCAAUGGGAGUCUUGAAGGCACCUGAGUGUCCAAAACUGGAGAAGAUCCGAGAGGCAGACAUUAAAGAGCUUGAGCAGAUCAUCAAUGGAAGUGUGAAUGGGAAGAGGAAAAGUUGUGAAGUUAAAGAGGAGAAGAUUGGGAAUAACAACAACAGUAAUGAUAUUAAUAUUGUGAUGAGAGAGAGAGAGAAUGGAGGAGAGAUUAGAAAUGGCUAUAAAAGGGUUUUGAAGACUGUGAUUACAGACAAAUGGGAGAUAUUUGAUGGAGAUUAUUCAUCAACUACUGCUACUACUUUUCAAGUCCCUUUUACAGCUUGUUCUAAUUCUAAGCCAAACUAUAAACUAGAUUUACCUGACUUGAUCACUUUCUAGGCCUCUUGAAAAUAUAUAUAUAUCAGAUGCCGUUAAGAUUGCUGACUGCUCUAUUGAUAUUGCCGCUACCGUCGACUUCUCUGUUUGCGGUGCUGUUCGAGUUCGGGUUCUUCUUCAUGUCGUUUGUGCCAGACUGUGGCUUGUUAUUCAGAUUUUUUUGGAUUCUUGUUGUCGUUGUGGAGUGUGCCGUUUGUUCCAUUGUCAGAUUCCAUUGUCGCUCGUAAGAUUCUUUUUUGGCUUCUUUAUUUCUUCUAGGUUUAAAAGGUGAGAUGUAGGAGACAUGAUCUGUUUGUCUGAUUCAGAUUUGGUUCUAGAGUUUCAGUUCGGUCCAGCUCACAUCUUGUUUAUGUAGUUUGGGUUCGGUUUGAUUCUGUUUAUUC